AUGCAUUCAUAUGCCAGCCCAGACGACGAUCGCUGGGAGAACAAGCACAGCUUGUGCUCAGGCGGAGCAGCCGCUGGGGAGAAAUCAAGUGACUACGGCAAGAACUGGGACAGUCAAGGCUCCAGAAAUCAGUUAGGCAACGUCAGCCGAUUCAUCCGAAGUCCAGGGGUGUGUAUUUUGCCUGUGGGCGAGCGGGCCAAUUCAUUGCUCAAUGUCUGCAAAUCAGAGGCGAGGCGCAGAGAAUGUAAAGCUCAAAUUUGUAUUCGGGAACCCUGGCGAGGCCACUGGAGUAAACACCGGCCAGCGGGCAAACGCAUCUUGAAGCGCCAAGAAGAUUAUUCUCUUCUAAAAACGUAUGUUCGUGAAUGGCAGAAGUAUUAUGCGCAGUCAUUGUAUUUGCCAGAGCCGUUUCGUUCCUUGGAACCAGCCAUGUACGGCAGUCGGUCGCCUCAGGCGAAUCCAAAGAGCGCUCUGAACCUCAAGAGUUCAAAGUCGUACCAGGAGGAGAGCUUCGUACGUAAGAUCAUGUUGGAAACAUGGAACAGAAUAAUCUUUUACAGCAUCAAAGAACGACUACAAGCCGCUGCAAUGAGACUGGUAUUUUUGGAACGCAGCAACGAAGAUUUCGACGCGCAGUUGGUCGUCGGCGUGCGCCAGUCUUUCGGUAACAGCUGA